AUGGGUGACAAAAAAGUCACAAUAAACAAGGAGCACUUCUAUAGCCGCGCUGAAAGAAUAUAUUCAGCAUGGGUAAGUUAUAUUUUUUAGGAAUGAUGAUGAUGAUAUAUUUCAUUUGUUUCUUUGUAGGAGAAAGGCGAGCACGGAUUCGAUAGUGUUGAAUCGUUUGUUGUGACUGUUGGAAAUAAUGAUAAUCCGUAUACGAAGUCGAGUGCAUUUCACGUAAGUUUUAUUGCAGGUUUUGCUAACUAUUACGAAACAAAAUAUUUUUAGACUUGGCUUCUUGGUCAUGAAAUCAUUGACACAGUCUUAUUAUUCACUAAAAAGCGAAUUCAUAUUCUUGGAAGUAAUCGGAAAGCCGAUUUUUUCAAUCCGGUAGUCGGAGAGUCGUCGCAUGGAAAAGUCCCGCCCGUAAAAGCAUAUCAUCGUGAUAAAUCCGAUAAAGAUGCAGCGAAUUUCCAAAAAUUCAUUGGAUUCAUCGAAGGAGCGGAGAUUGGCGCAUUUAUCAAAGAUAAAUUUGACUCCGAGUUCAUCUCAUUAUGGAAUAAAGCAUUGGAAGAGAAGAGUAUAAACAAAGUUGAUUUAUCUAUUGCGUUUACCCACAUUUUUGCGAUUAAAGAUGAUAAAGAAUUGGCACUUAUUCGAAAAUCAGCAUUGGCGACCACAAGUGUUUGGAGUAUUGCCAAAAAUAAAUAUGUUGAAAUUAUCGAUCAAGAAAGAGUGAGUUAAAUUGAAAAUAAUAUGUUGAAAAUAACAAUUUAUAGAGAGUUCGCCAUUCCGUUUUAUCUUCUGAUAUCGCAACACUUAUCAAGCAAACCAAAUUACCCGGUGGAAAAUACAAUGUUGAUACAAGUUAUGAUCCGAUUGUUAUGAGUGGCGGAACAUAUUCUUUCAAAUGGAAUCAUGAUAGUACAGAAAGUCAUCUUUCAUCACAAUUCGGAACGAUUAUCACGUCAUUUGGUGCAAGAUUGGAAGAUUAUUGUACAAAUGUUACCCGGACUAUGAUUAUUUUCCCAUCAACUGAAAUGGAAGCCGCUUAUGAAGCGAUUUACGCAACUGAACAAGCCGUGAUUUCUGCUCUUAAACCAGGCGCCGUAUUGUCAGAUGUUUACAAAAUUGGACUGAAAACACUUGAAGAGAAAAACCCGAAACUUGUUGAGAAUUUGAAUAAGAAAGAAUUGGGUUUUUCAACCGGUAUCGAAUUCCGAGAAAGUCGACUUUCGAUUAGCCCAAAAUGUGAUGAAAAGGUUGAAGCUGGAAUGGUCUUCAUUGUUUAUAUUGGAGUUGAUAAUUUGCCGAAUAAGACAAGCAAAGGAGAAAAAGGAAAACCAGCUGCUAUUGCUCUUUCGGAUACGGUAAGAUUAAGUGAAGGUGUAAAUAUUCAUCGAAACCAAAUGAUUUUCAGAUUAUUGUGAAAGCAGAAGGCGACAAUGAAAUUCUGACGGAAAAAGCGAAAGCGCGCAUGAAAUCCAAUUUGAUUCGCUUUAAAGAAGAUGAAGAAGGUGGCGGUGCUGAAAAAGAAAAUGAAGGAACAAGUAAAAGUCUUGGAAGAGGACAAAGAAGUGUUGUAUUGAAUGAUCAAACAAGAAAUAAAACAACGAAUGAGGAAAAACGGAAAGAAAGACAAAAAGAGUUGGGAAAACUGUUGAAUGAUGCAGCAAGAGCUCGAUUGGCAAAACAGGGAGGUGGAAGUGAUGAGAAAAAAGUGAAGAAAUCAAAUACUUCAUAUAAAUCGUAUGAGAAAUUCCCGCAAGAAAAUGAAGUCAACAAUUUAUUGAUUUAUGUUGAUCGAAGACAUGAUAGUGUUAUUAUUCCAAUAUUUGGAAUUCCAGUCCCAAUUCAUAUUUCGAUGAUUAAAAAUUGUUCACAAUCUGUUGAAGGAGAAUACACAUAUCUUCGCAUCAAUUUCAAUACACCCGGAUCUCAAGUUGGAAAAGAAAAUGCUGCUUUUCCACAUCCUUUGGCUCAUUUCAUGAAAGAACUCACCUAUAGAGCCAGUAAUGUUAAAGAACACGGUGAAACUGCUGCUCCAAGUGGAAAUUUGAGCACAGCCUUCCGACUCAUCAAAGAAAUUCAAAAACGUUUCCGAACUGAAGAAGCUGAAGAACGUGAAAAAGAAGGAGCUGUGAAACAAGACAAACUUGUUCUAAGUCAAAAUAAAUUGAACCCGAAAUUAAAAGAUUUGUGAGUUGGAUGCUUUCAAUAGAUUCAAUAAAAUCAAUAAUUUUUUUUGCAGACUUAUUCGACCAAACAUAAUCUUGAAACGUAUAACUGGAUCAUUGGAAGCUCACACAAAUGGUUUCCGAUAUACAUCAUUGCGCGGUGAUCGUAUCGAUGUUCUUUACAACAACAUCAAACACGCAUAUUUCCAACCGUGCGACAAUGAGAUGAUUAUUCUGUUGCAUUUUCAUCUCAAAAAUCCGGUGAUGUGGGGAAAGAAAAAAUACAAGUAUGGUUUGAUUCAACAAUAAUUUUUUGAGAUGAAAAUGAUGUUCUUUCAGAGAUGUUCAAUUCUACACCGAAGUCGGAGAAAUCACAACAGAUUUGGGAAAAUACCAUCAUAUGCAAGAUCGAGAUGAUGUUCAAAGUGAACAAAUGGAAAGAGAAAUGCGACGCAAAUUGAAUUCGGCGUUCAAUAGUUUUUGUGAAAAAGUUUCGCGCCUCACCAACGAUCAAUUCGAUUUCGACACACCGUUCAAUGAUCUCGGCUUCUUCGGAGUUCCAUACAGAUCUUCUUGUACACUCAAACCAACAUCGUCUUGUUUGGUUAAUUUGACUGAAUGGGUAAGUUUUUGUGAGCAAUUCCUUGUUCUAAAUAAAUAAUCAUGUUUUUUUCAGCCACCAUUUAUUGUCACGUUGAGUGAAGUGGAAUUAGUUCAUUUUGAACGUGUCUCAUUCCAAUUGAAAAACUUUGAUAUGGUAUUCAUUUUCAAGGAUUAUGGCAAAAAGGUUCAAAUGGUUCAACAAAUUCCGAUGAGUAGUAUUGAUAUGAUAAAAGAAUGGUUACAUUCAUGCGAUAUUAAAUAUACGGAAGGAAUCCAAUCGUUAAAUUGGCCAAAAGUUAUGAAAACUAUUGUUGAUGAUCCGGAAGAAUUCUUUGAAGGUGGUGGUUGGGGUUUCCUUGAUGCUGGAUCUGAUGAUGAAAAUGCUGACGAGGAAUCGGAAGAAUCCGAUGCUUAUGCUCCAACAGAUGACGAUGAUGAUGAUGAAGAAGAAUCGGAUGAAGAUGAAAGUGAAGGAGAAGAAUCUGAAUCAGAUUCAGAAGAAGGUUCAUUGGAUUCGGAUGAAUCGGAAGGAAAAGAUUGGUCGGAUUUAGAAGAAGAAGCUGCAAAGGCGGAUAAAAGAAGAGAAAUGGACGGAUCGGAUGAUCGAGAUCGAGAUAGAGAUCGUAAAAGAUCGAAUCAUCAUAAAGGAGGGCCACCGAGUAAAAAACGAAAAUAA